AUGGCCAACCCCAACGGUGAUGCCGCUCCAGCCGGCGUCAUCGAGCUCGACGUGAAGCCCCCCUCGAACAUGGUCAUUCCCCCGCCCGGCGUACGCGAGGCCGUGGCAAAGACUGCUGAUUUCAUUUCCCGUCGAGGCGAACAACACCUUGUAGGAAUGAAGCAGCGUCUCACCGCCGACCCCUCCACGAAGACCAAUUUUGGCUUCGUCUUGGAAGACGAUCCGUACAACGCAUAUUUCUUGUGGUAUUUGCAGCAACUGAGGGAGGGUCAUGGGCGCUCCUCGGACAAAAACUCCAAGCAAGCCGUGGAUAACAAGCCCAAGGGCCCCCCCGAACCGCCCAAGUUCCGCUUUUCGGCCCGCAUGCCUAACAUCAACGCCAAAGAUCUGGAAGUGCUAAAACUUACUGCUCUGUACACGGCGCGCGUUGGUGAGAAUUGGCUAAAGGAUCUGCGCAACCGUGAGUUGGGCAACUAUCAGUUUGACUUUCUCAGAGCCAAUCACAGCUAUUUCCAGUUUUUCCGAUCGCUCGUCGAACAAUACAAGAUCCUGCUUGAAGAAGAGGCGACGGUCGAGGCACGUAUCCAGGAACUUCAGCACAACAUCAAAAACCGGUUUCACGUGUUGGACCGCGCAAAGGGUCGCGCUGAGUAUGUCAAAUAUGUGAAUGCGCAAAAGGAGAAAGAAGAGAAGAAGGUAGAAGCCGAGAAGCAGGAGUAUGCGACCAUUGACUGGCAUGACUUCAGCGUCAUUGCGACAGUCAUUUUUGAUGAGGCUGAUGAUGCUGCGGAUCUCCCUCCACCUGCUCAGCUGAAUGAUCUACAGUCCCAGUCUCUUGAACAAAAGGCCGCCGUUUCAUUAUCUACACGUCGUCUGGAGGAGGCCAUGCCCGACGAUGUCACAUACUAUAAUGUCACUCAGCAGCAGGUACCACCGUCUCCAAUGCAACCAAAUUACGCCCCAACUGCACCACCCGUGCAUUCGCCGUACGGUGCAUCGCCAUAUGCGCCUCCUCCUAUGCCCGAUUACCGAACACCAGCGCAGAUAUCACGCGAAGAGGAGCAGGCACGAUUGGCCAAGGAACGCCAGGCAGAAAGCGAGCAGCGCGCACGCGCACAGGCUGCUGCCAGAGGAGCGCCUGGUCGCAUCGUCACAGACUACGUCCCCCGCGUUGCCACAAAGAAGGCAAACGUACCAAUGGCCGUGUGCCCUAACUGCAAGCAGCAAAUUCCUUCCAACGAGAUGGAUGAGCAUAUUCGAAUUGAAUUGCUCGAUCCGCGCUGGAAAGAACAACGUGAUAAAGCUGAAGCUCGAUACUCGACGACGAUCAACACCGCCGACGUUGCAAACAAUCUCAAGCGUUUCGCUAGUCAGCGUGAAGACAUAUACGACGGUGCCACUGGCCAAUCAAUAUCCGCCGAAGAAGAGGCUCGGAGGAAGAAGGCUGCAAUGUCAUAUGAUGGACAGCCAGAUCCUGCAAAGGAUGCUGCCCGCUUAUCGCAGAUGCAGAGCAUGAACGUCCAAGAGCAGCUUCGAAGGAUACAGGAAAAGCAUCGCCAGUAG